AUGACUUUUGCUGAAUCUCUCCCCAACAAAAGCUCUGACUUGAGAAUCAACGUUCUGGUUGUGGACGAUGAUCCUUUUUCCUGUGGUGCUAUUUCACAAAUGCUUGUACAGUACUCAAGAUACAGAGAUCCAUCGGUUAUAGAGAUCACAGUUAUAGCUGAAGAAGACCCGACGAAAGCAUUGGCUAUUCUAAAACAUCAACGAAACAAUAUCGAUCUCAUAAUCACAGAUUAUAACAUGCUUAGCAUGAACGGUCUACAACUCAAAAGACGAAUCACUGAGGAAAUUGGAAAUUUACCUGUCAUUGUUGUGUCAGCGGACGCCAACAAGGAGCAGGAGAGUUUAUCUUGUGGAGCGAUGGGGUUCCUUCCAAAACCCAUACAUGCAACUGACCUACCAAAGAUUUACCAACUUGCUUUAACCUACAAGAGGAACGGUAAGUCAACAUUAGGGACUGAGCCCAACCACAAGGCCAAUGACACAGGUGUUAGUGUCCCCCAGCAAAUCAAGAUGCUUCCUGAACAAGCUAAUGUCUUGAAGACCAGGAAGAAGUACUCAUCUAAAGCUGAUUCAAGAUCCUUGAACAGUACAAACGGAAGUUGUCUAAUUAGUACCGAUGGUUCAAGAAAAAAUCGGAAAAGAAAACCUAACGGUGGUAGUGAGGAUGGUGCGUCUCCGUCGCAGCCCUCCAAGAAGCCUAAGGUUUCGUGGACGGAUGGUCUCAACGACCUAUUCCUACAAGCUAUCCAACAUAUCGGUCUUGAUAAGGCUGUGCCAAAAAAGAUCUUAGCGUUCAUGAACGUAUCGUACUUGACUAGAGAGAACGUUGCCAGCCAUUUACAGAAAUAUCGGAUAUUCUUGAGGAAAGUGGCGGAGCUGUACUUCAACCAAUACACACCCUCUACUUCUUGGUACGACACAAGUCUUAACAAUAGAUCAUUCUAUUCCAAACCCGGACAAGGCUUUGGACAGUCGAGACUUUUGUCCACCACACGUGAGCCACCCGUCCGUUUCAACCAGAUGCCUUACAACUACAUGAACCGGUCAUCUACAUACGAGACGCACCAUGUUGGAUCUGGAUCAAACUUGACGCUGCCCAUCCAAAGCAACCUCAGUCUCGCCAACCAACCAUCUCAAAACGAGGAAAGAAGAAGCUUUUUUGAACCACCUGUGAUGGCGAACAAAAUCGGCCAAACAUCUCAAGUUCAUGGGUUUGGACAACUUGGACCGUCAGCUAUUAAUAAUUUCAAAAAUAACAUGAUGAGUAGCUUUGGAAGUUUUACUCCAAAUCAACCAGGACUUGUCCACUUCUCGUAUGGGAUGCAAUCGUUCUUAAACAAUAACCCUGAGCCAAAUCUUGAACUUCCUCAACUGGAAGAUCUCAGCGUACACAGUGAUUUCCACAAGACUGAUGAGCUUCCUUACAAUAUCAGCAACAUUCAAUUCGAUCACAACAAGGGUAAUUAUAAUGGAGAAAUCGCCAACACUUUUGCUGCUCCUGCGACGAAUCACACUUUUGCCGCUCUGGAGAUGAAUCCUCCAAGUUCCAACACGAACCCUAAUCAGAAUCAGGAACACGAUGCUAAUCCAGAUAUUAGCGAUUGGUUGUUUUCGGAUCUGCAGGAUUUGGUUGAUGAAGACUUCAUGAACUCUCUGUUCAACAAUGACAUGAAUUGA